GCCUCGGCGGAUCCUGCGCUGGCGCAAGUCGCUGCCAGCCCCUCGCAGGCAGAGCACGACGGCGCGGUUGCCGCCCGCGAGCGCGAGGAGGCCGCCGCGGCCCUGUCGCGUGCAGAGGCUGCCGCGGCGGAGGCGCGCGAGCACCUGGAGGCGUCCGGCGCCGAGUGCGCGCGGCUGGCCGCCGAGUGCCAGCAGGCCGCCGAGCGCGCCGAGGACGCGGCGAGGCAGCGCGACGAGGCCCUGCGGCGGGCCGAGGGCUUGGCUCGGGAGCGUGACGAGGCCGUCGGUCGCGCAGAAGACGCGGCGAGGCAGUCGAGCGAG